AUCUUCAGCAUAUAGAAUUUUAGUAAUACAGUAGUCUGAUGAUGGUCUAGUAUUAUGCUAGUACAGUGGUAAAACUGAAAAGCCUUCACAAAAUAGUUGCAACAUCCACAGAAAGUGGAUGAGGUUCCUGAAGGAUUCACAAAGGGUCCUCCGACCUCCCGUGAUGGCUCUCUCUUUUCUUGGGACAACCCAAUCUAUCGAGCAGUCACGUGCGUGGAUCCAAUUAAAAUUUAAAGCUAUUUCAGUCAUCAUCAACGGGAUAUCUCUUCCCAUGAUGCAUCACCGAGAGUGAAGGGAAGAUGCGCUCCUCUCCACCUCCCACACCCACAGACGGUCAUUCUAAUACGUACCGGUUAAUACAUGGAUAUGCAGCGCUAAGGAUAAACUGUAACAAAGGGUCCGGAUGGUAUAUAAACUCGUCCGUGGAUCAUCUUCUCAGUUCGCUUCGCGUCUUCGCUCAUAACAGCAAUAUGAAUUACCAUCAGUUAAUGAAAGCGCUAUUGGUGCUAUCGUGUCUCGCUAGCAAUGCACUUGCUGGAGUGCUGCCGGGUGGCAGCGCCGGUGGAAGUGGUUACCAGUACAAUAGACCAGGCGGCGGUGGUUUCGGUGGUCCUGGAGGAUUUCCAGGAGAUUUAGGUGGUGGAGGAGGUUUUAGAGGAAGGCCCAACGCGUUGUACGGUGCACCGGGAGGCGGUGGUGACGCUGGAUUCGGCGGUGGACGUCCCUCUUCUACUUACGGAGCUCCUGGACAAUUUGGAGGUGGUGGUGGUGGAGGUGGUUAUGGUGGUUAUGGUGGAGACAAUGGAAGACCUCAACCAUACAAUUUCCAAUAUGAAGUAUAUGAUCCUCCAAGUGGCAAUGAUUAUUCUCAACGUGAGAGUAGUGAUGGCAACGUAGUUCAAGGAGAAUACAGAGUGUUGUUACCUGAUUCGAGGACACAAAUUGUAAAAUACAUGGCUGAUGAUCAAAAUGGAUACACUGCUGAUGUUCAAUAUGAGGGACAGGCCCAAUUUUCUCGAGGAGGAGCUGGAGCUUAUGGUGGAGGAGCUGGUGGUUAUCAAGGAGGUGCAGGAGGAUACCAAGGUGGCUAUCAAGGUGCAGGAAGAGGUGGUUACAGCGGUGGUGGAGACGCUGCAAGCAAUCAAUAUCUACCUCCACGUAACAAUUAUCGGAAAUAAUCGGCUACAUCACGCAUCGUCAUCAAAACCUGACAUAUCUCCUUAAAAUGUUGGGCGACAACCGUCACGGACCUCCCUCGUUUUUACAGCUCUUUUUUUACCUUUUACCACUCAAAUAACACUUACACCAUUCAGUCACAUGCACAUUUAUGUAUAAUCACUCACUGGUAUUUAACGAUAUAUAUAUAUACUGAUUAAGAUAAUUUAAUAAUUUUUGUACGUGCAUUUAUAAAUACGCGUAAUUAUUAUAUAUAUAUACGUUAAUUUUGUACAUGGUAAUUUCGUUUUAUUGUAAAACACAUACGCUUGUACUUUCUUCUAAGCGAUCGUCGAACUUUUUAUAUACA